AUGGUUAAGGAUGUUCAUCUUAUCCCUGUUCCUGGGUUGCUUACUAUUGUUGCUCAUGAUGAUGAUGUAUUUGAGGGCGUUAUUAGCCUAGUCGUGAUUCAGGGCGACUGGAAGACUAAGGAUGUGAAGCUUAGGCCUUACCAUGCAUACUUGGAGUUACUGGUUGGGAAAUUUGAUGAUUUGAGGUACACACAUCUGCCUAGAGCACAAAACCAGUUUGUUGAUACCUUAGCUACUCUAGCCUCCAUGAUUGAUAUUCCUGCUGAUACUGUUGUUCGCCCUUUGAUUGAGUCGAGAUCUGUUCCUGUCUACUAUUAUUUGAUGAAUGAGGCAAAGUUAGAUGAUGGCUUGCUUUGGUACCAUGACAUAUACCAGUUUAUGAGAUUUAUCACAUAUCUUGAGGUUGCCACAACCAAGGAUAAAAGAGCAUUGAGAUAG